AUGAGUGCUGCCACAGGUCCUCAAAGCCCGCCGGAGCUGCACAGCCGCUCCACGCACGCAGGACCCUACGUUCUACGGCAGCUCAUCAGAGACGUACCCUUGUCCGCGGACGAGCCAGCAGAGGAUGUUCAGAUUACAUACGUUGAAGUCUGGAACGAGAACCUCUAUAUCGGUACCUCAGCCGCCGAAAUCCUCCAUUUCGUCUUGCUUCCUGCGGAACCGCAAGAUCCAUUAGGAGCACCGACGUGCAUACUCGCCUCCAGGUUGCAGCCCGCUUCUUCGCAGUCCUCGUCAGUCGGCGUUCAGAAGAUCCUGCUCCUUCCCCAGGUCAACAAAGCAUGCGUUCUCUGCAACAACACCUUGAGUUUUUACUCCUUACCGGAGCUUAGCCCCGCAUUCCCGAACGUCAAGCCGCUCACAUGUGGAUGGGUUGGAGGCGUGGAUGCAAACCUUGAGCAUGCAGAAGAAUCGGGCGAAGAUGGCGUGGUCAUUAUGCUUGGACUCGCCAAGCGCAUAAGGCUUGUCAGGAUAAGAGACCAUGAGGAGCCCCGAGGCGUCCGAGCUAUCGAGUUUGGGGGCUGCCAGGAUGCUGUGCGCAGACAAGAUGUUACGUGCGUUGCAGACGGCCAUUCAUACGCCUUAGUAGAUGUCGUUCAGCAGCAGAAGAUACCACUCUUCCCAAUAUCAUCUGUGGACGAGCAAGCCGCAGGUAUACCCGCUGGGGAACCGGAGGAUGCCCCAUCUUCACAAUCACAGAGAGCAUCCCGCAGCGGAUCUACGGCGAGCACUCAGAUCACAUCGCCACGCGAUGAUCGUGGCCAUGGCAGGAGCACCAGCCUUGGUAUCUUCGCUCACGGAGCAGGAGAGCAACAACGCCAGGAGAGUCCAAGGCGGCCCGGUGCGAACAGGUUUGGUUUUGAUGCACCAGACAUCUUGCGAAGGAUACAGUCUCCAGCUUCUGCAGCAUCAUCCGAAAGACGACCAUCAAGAGGGGGCAGCCCAGCACCGCGACCCGGCACGCCAGACAAGCUUUUACCGCCGGAGCCCAUAAAACAGCAAAUUACUAGAAGCACUGUCCCUCUGAAGCCGCACGUCGCGUCACCCACGCCCACUGAAUUUCUUCUCACAACCGGCACUACUCCAUCAGAGCCAGGAGUUGGCAUGUUUGUAAAUCUCGAGGGCGACCCCGCACGCGGAACCAUCGAGUUCAGUUGCUAUCCUGAGGCUCUAGUAGUUGAUGGGCGUGGCGUUGAUAUGUCAUUGCCACCCGGUUCAGGCUCGGAGAUCCCCGAGGAAGGGUAUGUGCUGGCAGUAUUGAGCCAGAGUAAUGGCGACCGCAAGCAAUAUAGUGUAGAAGUACAGCGGUGGGACCUUGAUCCAGACGAGGGCGCUUCCAGUAAGGAACGGCUAGAUCUCAGCUUGAUGCUUGGCGAAACAGAUGAGCAAAACCCCGUGCAAGAAACCCGCCAUUCACUAGGGAUCAGGAGGGUGAUUGCUGAACAAGAGGUCAUUUUACCACUGAUAAGUUCGAAGCUAUCGUUGAAGCGGUUGAAUCUGUCGCCAGGAGAUUCUUCAAUUGAGCGGACAACCUCGGUAGCCGAUACAUCUAAACCGGCAUCAACCCAAGCUCAACUCGACACCGCAGCUAUUACAGCGCGCGAGAGAGAGGAGACAGAACUCACCGGCCGUCUAUGCAAGCUUAAAAGCUCUGUUGUCAUGUGGGCAGGUGAUCAGAUUUACUGGCUUGUACGAAAUCCCUUGACUAUUAAACUGGAUGCCAAACUCGAUUCAACUAUCACGGGUACCACAGGAACCGACGUGCGAGCUUUCGAGAUUAAUCGCCCACAGGUGGAGAGUCUGCUCAACGAGAUUCGCGGUCACGAGCCACGCACGGCGCUCGACUUUUUGGGAUUACGAUACAUCAGACAAAAGGCAUCGCUCCUGCUACUCAUGGAUCUCAUCCUUCGGACCUCAUCAGGCAUCAUCGUCUUCGAGCAUGAAAAGGCCGUCGCUGAGGAAGCUUUGGUGCAAAGCGAGAUAGAUCCCCGCAUAGUGCUCGCUCUCCUGCCAGUACUCAGUGGCGAGGUCAUUCAAAGCAAACUCGGCGUAUGGGUUCAAAGUGGGCUCAAGACAGUUCUCGAGGCGUUCCUCUCGCGACAGAGCGCCCUCCUAGUCUCAGCCAAUCCCGUGGGUCCAUUCGGUGACAACAUCAUGCAGCUCGUCAAGCGCUUUCUCUACGUUUGGCGGCGGAAGAAGGGGAUGCCUAGUAUUGCGGAUGAGAAGGAAGUCUUCUAUACGGUCGACGCUGCUAUCAUACAUCUACUGCUUUUGCUUGACGGUCAAAGUCCCAGAGGUCUAGCAAAUGGCGGCUCGAUCCGCUCAGAACUUAACGGGGUAGUUGACAAUGGCGUGGAGUGCUUCGAGCGAGCGAUUGCUUUGCUGGAGCAAUUCCAUCGGCUGUACGUUCUCAGCCGGUUGUACCAAAGCAAGAAAAUGUCGGCAAUGGUACUUGCUACUUGGAAACGUAUCAUUGAAGGCGAGCGCGAUGACGGUGGCGAGCUUACCGACGGUGAGCAGGAGGUUCGAAAAUACCUCAUCCGGAUUAGGGAUCCCGCUCUGGUUGAGGAUUAUGGCACUUGGUUGGCAGACCGCAACCCCAAGCUUGGAGUGCAGGUGUUCGCCGAUGACAACAGCAGGGUAAAGUUCCAGCCUGCUCACGCGGUUGCCAUCCUGAAGGCAAAGGCCCCUGCCGCUGUGAAGGAGUACUUAGAGCACCUUGUGUUUGGCAAAAAGCAAACCCAAUACGCCAACGAGCUUAUUGCUUUCUACCUCGACAUCGUGGUCUCCGAGCUGGAAAGCUCGCAAGAAUCCAGAUCGAUCCUACUGCAGACAUACGAAACGUACCGUGCGCUUCGGCCGCCGAAACCCACCUACCGCCAAUUCAUCACUGACAACGCCAUGGACACGGAGUGGUGGCACAGCCGACUUCGGCUGCUCCAACUCUUAGGUAGCUCGCAGGACCUAGCUUCAUCGUACGACGUCGGCGCUAUCCUCACCCGCCUUGAGCCUCACGAACAGGAGCUUGUACCGGAGAUGAUCAUCCUCAAUGGGCGCCAAGGUAAACAUGAGGAUGCUAUUCGCCUACUUACACACGGCCUGGGUGACUAUGACACUGCAAUAAGCUACUGCUUGCUUGGCGGAUCGAGUAUCUUCCGCCCCAUCUCAGGCUUCAUGCCUCAUGAUGCCGUUCCUCCUAGGGAAGAGCAAGCCAAGCUGUUCGGCUAUCUUCUGCAUGAGUUUCUCCGCAUUGAGGACAUGAGUGAUCGCAUAGAGCGGACCGGGGAAUUGCUGGAGAGGUUUGGUGGAUGGUUUGACGUUGCCGAUGUCCUGAGUAUGCUUCCGGAUUCGUGGUCAAUAGACAUCUUCUCGGGUUUUCUCGUGAACGCGCUCCGGCGGCUGGUGCGAGAGCGCCAUGAAACCACGAUUGCGAGAGCCUUGAACAGCGCGCACAACCUGAAGACUAGUGCGGACUUGAUCGAACAGGUGGAGGAACUCGGGCCAGUAGUCGAGAGAGUGAAGUGA